ACAAUCAACAGUUGUUUACUGAAAGCGAUAGAGCAAAGUUCUAUUUUGUUAAGAAACGCAGAAAUAAACAAAAUAUUUUUCUUUUUGCAAUUACUUGUUUUGCUUUUUUACUUUAUUUAUAAACAAAUUAUAAACGAUCGACAAUCUCACAAACUCUCUGAUAAUGACGGUAAACAAUGAUCUGCUAAAAGAACGACAAAAUGCCACAAUAAAGAGUGAAGAUUUUGCUGUAUGGUGGUCGUGCGGUAAAGAUGAACUUUACAAGCGUAGAGCUUUGGAAAAGCUUUUCUUUGACGAUCCACAAUUCGAUGAUCCCAAAGAUAUUAUGAAUUACACACAUAAACAACUAUAUGAGUACACUACGGCAAAGUCUACGAAAGUUAUACAAAAACUAAGAGAAUGGUAUGGAGAAGAGCAAAAGAAACAGGGUGUUAGGACAACAUCUAUAGAAGAUAUGUAUUUGUUUCGUUCCUUACUAAGUGGCCCAUUGGGAACGGGAUUGUUUCAACAGAAUUUUCCCUUACGUUUACAUUUCUCGAUGUUUUUAACGGCCCUCUUGGGUCAGUCCAAUGAGGAGCAAUGUCGUGAGUGGUUAGAGAAAGCUUGGAAUAUGGAGGGUAUUAUUGGCACAUAUGCUCAAACUGAAUUGGGUCAUGGUACUUAUAUACGUGGUCUAGAAACGAGGGCUGAUUAUGAUAUUGAAAAACGGGAGUUUAUUCUAAAUACUCCCUCAUUAACCGCCUAUAAAUGGUGGCCCGGAGGUUUGGGUCAUACCGCCAAUAUGGUGAUACUAAUGGCCCAAUUAUAUAUUAAGGACAAACACUAUGGUCUACAACCGUUUUUGGUGCGUAUACGUAAUGAGAAAACUCAUCAACCUGAACCGGGCGUAGAUGUAGGCGAUGUUGGCCCUAAACUUGGUGUUAAUGGUGUCAAUAAUGGUUUUUUGGGUUUGAAAAAUGUUCGCAUACCUUUGAAGCAAAUGCUUUCAAAACAUAAUCAAGUUUUAGCCGACGGUACUUUUGUCAAGGGGCCAGAACCUGUGAUGUUGUACAGCACUAUGUCCUAUGUUCGUGUAAAUAUCGUUAAAGAUGUUUCGUUUAACCUACUGCAGGCGGCAGUAAUUGCUACAAGAUAUUCCGCUAUUCGCCGCCAAGGUAUCGAGUCCGUCGCCCCGAAAAAAGAAAUACAAGUAUUAGAUUUUCUAACUCAGCAGCAUAAAGUCUUCCCUCAAAUCGCUAAGGGAAUAUUCUAUCGUCUAGCUGCAGACUAUGUUUGGGAUCUUUAUCGUACAGUACACAAGGAACUCGAACAGGGUAAUAAACGUAAUCUGUCCGAAUUACAUGCUUUAUCCUGCUGCUUAAAAGCCGUUUGUUCACAUGAGGCCGCCAAAGGUGUAGAAACAUUGAGGAAAUCAUGUGGUGGUCAUGGUUACUUAAAUUCGGCCAAUUUUAUGGCCAUUUACGGUAGCGCAACUGCAGCUUGCACAUAUGAAGGAGAAAAUACAGUACUUUUACUCCAAACAGCUAGAUUUUUGGUGAAAUAUUUUGAGGAAGGUAUUAGACGUAAAUAUUUGCCUAAAUCCGUGGUGUACUUGCGUACUAGUGGGCAAGUUAAAUGGUCUUUGAAUUUGGAAACUAUAGUUAAAAUUUUGGAAUACACCUCUCUGGAACGUGUUAAAUAUGUUUUCUUACAACAACGGUCUUUUACUAAAGCACAACCCGACAGAUCGGCACAAAAGGGAGCCAACCGAGCUGGUCUGAUAUUAACACAAACUGCCAUAAUGCAUGGUAAAGCUUUUUUGGCGCGCAUGUCUUACGAAGAGAUUAACAAACAGAUUAAUAAAGGGAAAUUCAAUGAUAGUCUAAAACCGGUUAUGCAACAGCUGCUACACAUCUUUAUCUUGGAAUUAUUCCUAACGAGCUUGGAUGAUAUUUUACGUUUUAAUCGUUCAAUAACUGCCAAAGAAAUCGAACAAGUAGAAAGACUCUACGAAGACAUGCUACUGGCUUUUAGGCCAAAUGCUGUGGCUUUAGUUGAUGGUUUUGAAUUUCAUGAUCGUGUUUUAGGUUCUACUUUAGGCUGCUAUGAUGGUCGUGCCUAUGAACGUCUUAUGGAGGAGGCCCGCAAAUGUGAAUUGAACCAAGAACCCGUCAAUCAAGUUUUCGAUACUCAUUUGAAACAGUUGUUGCAAGCUAAAUUGUAAAAUUUUUAGUUAAUUUGGUGUUGGUCUACCAAGUAUCACAUUUUUUUAUAUAAUUUAUACAUGUAUUUUGAUACAGAAAUAUAUAUAUUUUUAUUAUUAAAA